AUGGCUCCUAGCAAGAAAGGAGCGCAAAAGCCCAAGGCGAAUGCGGCGGAGGACGUGGAAGAGACCUUCCAGGCCGUGGUCCUCGCCGACACUUUCGAGACGAGAUUUGAGCCCUUCACCCGCGAAAAGCCCAGGUGUCUUCUGCCACUCGCCAACACACCUCUUAUCGAAUACACUCUUGAGUUCCUGGCCAAUGCAGGCGUGGAGGAGGUUUUCCUUUACGGUGGAGCGCAUUCGGACCAGCUCGAGAAAUACAUCAAUGCCUCAAAAUGGAGAGCCCUCUCUUCCCCCUUCAAGCACCUGAGCUUCCUCAAAUCCACAUCCACGUCCGUUGGUGAUGUGAUGCGUGAUUUGGACGGCAAGCACCUGAUCACCGGAGACUUCAUCGUUGUGAGCGGCGAUGUAAUCAGCAACUUGCCUAUCGAAGGUGCGCUCGCUGCCCACAGGACCCGCCGGGAAACGGACAAGAACGCAAUCAUGACCAUGGUUCUAAGAGAAGCCGGCCGCAACCACCGCACAAAGUCCACCUCAACUUCGCCCGUGUUUGUCAUCGACCCUACCAAGAACCGGUGCGUUCACUACGAGGAGAUCGACCGCAGCCCUGACUGCACUGAGCAAGCCCGGAUAAGCAUUGAGACCGAGACCAUUUUGGAGUUCCCCGAGCUAGAUAUCCGUCAGGAUUUGAUCGAUUGCAGCAUCGAUAUCUGCACACCGGAUGUGCUGAGCUUGUGGUCUGAUAGUUUCGAUUACCAGACUCCCCGGAAACAGUUCUUGUACGGUGUUUUGAAGGAUUACGAGCUGAACGGCAAGACCCUUCACACAUAUAUCAUCAAUGAUAACUAUGCUGCGCGCGUGCGCAACCUCAAGGCUUAUGAUGCUAUCAGCAAGGAUAUCAUCUCUCGCUGGGCUUACCCCUUGUGCCCUGAUACCAACUUGCUUCCUGGUCACACUUACAACCUCCGCAAGGGCAGCCUGUACCAAGAACAGGGUGUGACACUUGCGCGGUCUUGUGUUAUCGGCCGCCGCACUGUCAUCGGCCAGGGAACCAGCAUCGGAGACCGGACCACCGUUCACAGCACCACUCUCGGCCGUAACUGCAAGAUCGGCCGCAAUGUCAAGCUGGAUGGGGCAUACAUCUGGGACAACGUCGUCAUCGGUGACAACACCGAUGUACGUGGUGCCAUCAUCGCCGACGGCGUCGUCAUUGGCAAGAACUGCAACAUUGCAACCGGCGCGCUCAUUUCCUUCGGCGUAAAGAUUGCAGACGGCAUUUCAGUAGAGAGCGGCAAGCGUAUCACAAAAACACGCAUGGACGGCAGCAGAGCCAAAAGCGAUCCCUCAGUCGUCGGCGAAGAAGGUGAAGGCUACGAAUUUAUCCAUGGCGAAGAAGAUGACAGCGACGACGAUGACGAAGACGACGAGAGCAUCGCCUCUUCAGGACUCAUCUACCGCAUGCCCGGUCUUUCCCUCUCCUCUGCCUCAAUCUCAACCCUAUCCUCAGAACUAUCACAAGGAUCCUGGCCACACUCCGGCCGCAGCAGUUUCUCCACAGAUCACGAAGAACAAGACAACUUCCACCAUGACGCCUCGGCUAGCGUAUUCGAUAGUCUGCGCGAAGGUGUUUCCGCCGACGUUGUCCAGCUCGAGCUUGUCAGUCUGCGCAUGACAGCCAACGCAUCAGACAACCAAGUCCGUCGCGCUAUCGUUUCCUCAUUCAUGAAGCAUAUCCAACAGUUGAUGGAAGCGGGCAAGGGUGCCGGCCAGGCUGUUAGCGAGGUCUUCUCGAAAUACAAGGAGGUUGUUGAACGGACGCUAUUCGAUCGGCAGAAGGAGCAGAAGAAGGAUCAGGUUGAUUUAUUGCUUGUGCUUCAGCAGGACCUCGUUCAUCGCUCCAAGGGUGAUACUGUUUUGCUGUUUACUGCUAAGAGUCUUUAUGAGCUCGAGCUUGUUGAUGAGGAGGCUUAUGAUCAGUGGUGGAAUGAUGAGCGGUCUAGUGCUACUGAGGAAAUGAGGACGGUUCGUGGUCAGGCUCAACAGUUUGUUGAUUGGUUGGCUGAGGCUGAGGAGGAGAGCAGUGAGGAAGAGGAUAGUGACGAGGAGGAGAGUGAUGAUGAGUAG